CAUAUCCGCACUCAGAAUGAAGGCCAAACUGAUCCUGGGUCUGGCUGCCGCCGCCCUCGCUUCCGCACAGACCCACGUCACCUCCAUGUUCAUCCCCGGUGCCGAUCCUCAACCCUUGGCUGCUUCGGUCAUGGGAGUUGCUGCAACAGCAACCACCUACUAUAUCAACUGCCCCCCCGGGACGGAUAGCGACGAGUGCGGCAUGGGCCCCGGGAUGACCGUGGUUGCUGGCCCUACAACCACCACCUAUCUCAUAGAGGAGGCUGACGAAGACUUCCAUAUGUCCGUGGUCUGUUCUCUUCAGGGGACGAUCACUGGGGUCUGUGUCGAGAUGGCCUCAGGCACGGGCGCCAACUUUCCCGGCACCAGCACCAUCACUCUGGGCUCUGACGAAAUUAGCUACAUGCCCGUGACCAUUACCGCAGACGCUGAGAGCCUUUCCAGCGUCACAGCUUCUGCCACGGCCACGGCCUCGGCUACCGCGACUGCUACCGCCACCGGAGCCUCGGCCAGCCACGAGUCAGCUGCUGCCACUAGCAGCACCGCCGCAGCAUCCGCAGCAUCCGCGGCCACGGCCUCGGCCUCUCCCAGCACCGGAGCUGGGGUUGCCCUCACUAACAACGCCGGUUUGAUCUAUGGUGCUGCUAUCGCAGCCUUGGUAGGCGCAGCUCUGUAAUUAAUGAUUUAAUUAAUCCAUUACUGUAUAUAAUCAUGAUCUAUCUCAGCAGUGCAUAAAAUCCACCGAGCCAUCUCUAAUGUGAAU